AUGUCCAUCUAUAACAUGUCCAAGUAUGACAAGUCUAGGUCUCGUACAGCGUCACCUAGACCUCGAAUUGUAGGUGGACCUAUGCGACCCAUGCCAAAUGCUCAACAAAGAAUGAUGGCACAGCAACAACAACCCCAACAACAGUUUCAACAGCAAUUUCAACAACAAUUUAUACCACCUCAAUACGAGGAAUUCCAACUCUAUUCUUCUUCAAAGGCAGGUCAGCAUCAUUUAAUGGAUUUCAAGACAAAUAAAAAAGUUGAUUUCAAAUCAUUUGCUCCACCUGUGAAAUUACAUCGUAAAGAACCUGAUCGCAUUCCAUAUAGACAAUAUAUCCAACAAAAAAAUAAUGAGCAACAACAACAACAGGGGCAACAAGGACAACAACAACAACAACAACAGCAACUAGGACAACAGCAGCCUAGUCAUGGUCCAAAGACGGGUGCUGAUACAUCAUUAAUUGCACCCAUGGGUGGAGCAACUCGCAAUAAGCAAAUGUUGUUCAAGAAGAGAACAAAGCAAAUUUAUUUAGCAAAGGAAGACACAAGGGAACUAAAAGAGCAAGAACAAAGACCUUGGAUAUUAGAGGAUAUUGAAGGGCAAAACAACUUUACUGGUACCCUUGAAGGUGGUCAGCGAUCAGACUAUGUGUUCUUUGUCUUGACCAACGACGGAUUCAAAGUAGUUCCAGUUGAUCGCUGGUAUAAAUUCCAACCCAAGCGUAAUGUGAAAACCUUGACUCCAGAAGAAGUCGAAGAGGCGUUCAAAAAGCGUAAUAGACAACCUGAUAACCAACGAUGGGCUAUGCUUAGUCGUCGUGAGAAAGAAAACCCAGAGAGUCCAAUUCCUCGUCAAAAGUUUAAAGUGGUUGAUAAUGGAGAAAGAAAAGGAGCAGGAUCAGAUGAUGAUGUACCUACUAAACGCGAUUCUGAUAUUGAUGACUUGGACUUUGAUGAAGAUUUUCAGGAUGAUGAAGAGGACGGAGCUGAGCAUGAGGCAGAAGAUGAAGAAGUUAAGGACAGCAAAGAACGGUUUAAGAAAGAAAUUAAAGGGUUUACAAUUAAUGGUGGAGAUGAAGAUGAAGCUGAUACAUUUGAAAGCACAAGCAAGUUAUCUUCAGAGGGAAAGCAAUUGCGCAAACUAGUGCGUGAUCUUGAAAAGAACCGAGCAUAUGAAAGUGACGAAGAUGAAGAUCCAUAUGCUUCUAGUGCAGAUGAAGCUGCUUCUGAUGACGAAGAAAAGAAAUCAGAUGAAGAAGGCAAGGAAAAGAGCACUCCUACAUUACCCAAGAAGAAGCCAGCAAUGGCAAACUCGCCAUCAAAGCUAUUCAUGCCAAAGAAACCAGUGACAAAGGUGAAAAAGGAAAGUGCAUCAAGACCAGUGGGCCGUCCUGAGUCACCUUCUCUGUUUAUGAACAAGAAGAAGGAAGGUUCACCUCAUCCUACGUCUCCUACGCAUAAGCCCACGUCGCCACCACAUCAUCCUAACGGUAAUCAUUCACCAACAGCGCCACCGCGCUCUGUUCCUGUUUCUGUGGAUCAGAAUAAAAAGCGCAAACCGGAGGAUGCUUCAUCUGGCCAUUCUCCAGAUCAUAAGCAUAGAAAGAUGUCUGGUCCCUCCGAUGAGGAUCUGAUUACAGAACAAGAAGUCAUUGAAACUCUGCGUGGCAGGAAGAUGACCACUAAGGAGUUCCUGAUAAGUUUCCGUAAACGCAUAAAGAAGAAUCCUCGUAACCGAGAAGUGAUUACGGCUCUACUUAAGAAGGUUGCAAGACAUAGUGCAAGUAGUGAUCCAAACACACAUAUACUUGAAUUGAAGCCUGACCUUCAAAGACCAUAAAAGCUCAAGAAGCUGUUUAUAUAUGCCCAAAAAUAAACUUGUCUGUGUAAUAGGCUCUGUAUGCAUAUAAAUUACACACACAUAUAUAUAUAAAUUUAAAUAAACAUGCAUGUGCAUACAAUAUACACUCUUUUUCGAAAUCAAAGUCGUGUGCCACGGAAAAGGAAGUCAGAGGUUUGACCUCAACGAGGCGUUGUGCUUUUAUAGUGAUGGCUUUGCCAACGACUUUCAAUUUGUCAUCAUCCGAAUUGAUUUCUGGCCAAACACGACU